ACAGACACACACGCACAUCGCACUUGACUUGCCUCAACCCGAUGACCGAAGACACAAACUAUCUCCAGUCCCCAACAAAGAGCGACAACUUCUAAUUGAUUCCAGUGUCGGGCGACACAUCUCCCUAUAUGAGAAUUGGGGAGGUUUGAGACUAGAGAAACAAGCAAAGAGAGGAUCCACAACAGAGGUUUCCUUGAGCAGACGAUGGAACCAUGAUAUCCAUAGACCACCUCGAAGAGUACCAGGGGACAGUAGAAGAUGCCACCGGCACCACAUGGAACUGGACACGUCAGACCAUGAACUACGUGGGGCAGCUGGCCGGGCAGGUGUUCGUCCAGGUGAAGGAGCUGUACCGGGGGCUGAACCCGGCCACGCUGUCGGGGUGCAUCGACGUCAUCGUGGUGCGACAGCCCGACGGCACCUUGAGGUGCUCGCCCUUCCACGUGCGCUUUGGCAAGAUGGGCGUGCUCCGCUCCCGCGAGAAAGUGGUGGACAUAGAGGUCAACGGGGAGGCGGUGGAUCUGCAUAUGAAGCUGGGGGACAACGGAGAGGCCUUCUUCGUCCGGGAAACAGAAAACGAUGAGGAAGUGGUUCCGUCCUACCUGGCGACCUCGCCCAUCAUGUCCGACGGCGCCAUCUUGAUCAGCGCGUCCUUGAUGAGCAACACGAGCUGCGGGCUCACCGUCCAAUCUCUGGGCGCCGCAGGCACAGCCGGAGAGAACGGGAGCGGGGCGAUGACGAAGAAGAGGAGGAAGAGGAGGAGGAAGGCGGCUCGGGCGGACAGCGUGUGGCGGGAAGAGAGCGGGGAGUACUCUGGGGAAGAGGACAUGUUCACCAUCGACAUCAGCUCAGAUGAGGAGAGGGCGAUGGAGACCAGCAGGGCCCGUGAAGUAUUCAGAGACGAAGGGACUGUCUGCUCUAACGGUGGCUCAUACAAAACGGCGGGGGUUUACGCCCGUUCAGACGGAGACUGGAGUCCUAAACACAGCCCUAAUGUCUCUCGGCCCAACACGCCCAAGAGUGACUCAGAGCUCAUGACGAAGGCGAAGGAGUCGGCCAAUCGGGACCCGGCGAUGCACUGGGCCUGGGGGGAACUGCCCCAGGCUGCCACGCCGUCCUUCCUCCCGGUCCAAUCCGAGCCGCCGUCUGGAGGCUCCCUCAUGUCCAUCCGGUUGUCCGACAGUACCCACUUCCGGGUCAUCCCCCCGGACGCGGCCCCCGAUUACGGCGAGAUGCACCGCCCUGCCGCCGCCGCCGCCGCCGCCGCCGCCGCGUCGCCAACGCCAUCCCACGGCCGGGGGCUCACCGCCACGGCAACAGCAGGUGAGGAAGAGGAAGGGGGAGGAAGAACCGUCCCUGUCGAGAGGCCGGUGGUCCCCGGCGUUGGCAUGGAGAGCGAGACGGGGGCGGAGACGGGGGCGGAGACGGGGGCGGAGAUGGGGGCGGAGACGGGGGCGGAGACGGGGGCGGAGUUAAGGGCGGCGGCCUUGGCUGCCAGCAUGGUGCUGGAAACGGACAUCCUCACGACCCAUCCGCUUCCAAAGCCGGAUUCUCCGUCCAAGAAGAAAGAUAAAAGGAGCCGCCAUCUUGGCUCCGACGGCAUCUACCUGGAUGACAUCACGGAACUAGAACCCGAGGAGGCGGCGCUGUAUUUUCCUAAAAGUGAGGGCGGUGGGACCACGAGGUCCGGCCUGGAGCAGGCCCCCCGCAGUGCCAGCCUGUCCCCCCAGUGGGUCAGCUCCGGGGGGGACAGCGGAGUGGACAGCUACUGCGACCAGAUGACCGACCUGUCUGCCAUCGCCAUCUCUCUGUGUGGGGGCCUCAGCGAGAACAGGGAGAUCACCAAAGAUCAGUUCCAGGCCAAGGCUAUCUCCUACCAGCAGUUUUCCGAGACCCCCACCCUUAUCGAGGACCCCAACCUGGUCGUGAAGAUCGGCUCCAAGUACUAUAACUGGAACACAGCAGCACCGCUGAUGCUUGCUAUGCAAGUCUUCCAGAAACCUCUGCCAAAGGCUACAGUAGAGAACAUCAUGAAGGAGAAGAUGCCAAAGAAGGGAGGCCGAUGGUGGUUCUCGUGGAGAGGAAGGUCCAGCAGCAGUAAAGAGUCCAACUCUGAGCGUGGAGGCGUUGAUUCAGAGGAGCAGUCUGAGAACUUGGAAGGGAUGAACAGACAUAAAGAGGAGUCGUCCUCCAGUGACGACGACCACAUGCGAGACACCAAGGGCCCCGCCUCCGUCCAAUCAGAAGCUGUGCUCUCGCCGGGGGGCGUGUCUUACAAGAAGACGCUCCGCCUCACCUCUGAGCAGCUGCUGUCGCUGCAGCUGCAGGACGGACGCAAUGACGUGGUGUUCAGCGUGACCACCCAGUACCAGGGCACCUGCCGCUGCCAGGGCACCAUCUACCUGUGGAACUGGGACGACAAGAUCGUCAUCUCAGACAUCGACGGCACCAUCACAAGGUCAGACACUCUGGGCCAUAUCCUGCCCAACCUUGGGAAGGACUGGACCCAUCAGGGCAUCGCCCAGCUGUACCACAAAGUCAGCCAGAACGGCUAUAAGUUCCUGUACUGUUCUGCGCGAGCCAUCGGCAUGGCGGACAUGACGCGGGGCUACCUCCACUGGGUCAACGAGAGAGGCACCAUGCUGCCGCUGGGCCCCGUGCUGCUCAGCCCCAGCAGCCUCUUCUCCGCCCUGCACAGGGAGGUGAUUGAGAAGAAGCCAGAGAGGUUCAAGGUGGAGUGUCUGACCGACAUCAGGAACCUCUUCUUCCCCAACAAAGAGCCCUUCUAUGCAGCCUUCGGAAACCGACCCACGGAUGUCUUUUCUUAUAAGGAGGUAGGCGUCCCCCUGAACCGGAUCUUCACCGUCAACCCCAAAGGAGAGCUGGUGCAGGAACACGCCAAGACCAACAUCUCAUCAUAUGUGCGUCUGGGGGAAGUGGUGGACCACGUAUUUCCUUUGCUCAUGAGAGCCAGUUCGUCUGCCUUUCCCUGCGCGGAUACCUUUAGCCAAUUUACCUACUGGAGGGAGCAGCUCCCUCUGGUGGACAGUCAGGAAACUACAGCUCCGGAGACGGCUAGCGCCACCGACGACUGCAGCGGACGGGCAGUGGGCAGCGUGUAGCGUUCUCCAGAUUUUGUGUAAUGUAGGCUAUGUGAUUGUGUGUUUGAUUGUGUGUGUGUGUGUGUGUGUGUGUGUGUGUGUGUGUGUGUGUGUGUGUGUGUGUGUGUGUGUGUGUGUGUGUGUGUGUGUGUGUGUGUGUGUGUGCGUGCGUGCGUGCGUGCGUGCGUGCGUGCGUGCGUGCGUGCGUGCGUGUGUGUGUGUGUGUGGGGGUAGGUGGGCGGGUGACAUUUAGAGAGAUUUUAGUGAGAAGCAGUUGCAGAGUGUGACUCCUUUUGUCUUAAUUGAACAAUGUUCAGUAAAACCGCACUUUCUUUAAGAGAUGCCAUCCGUGGCUGAAAUGAUGUAUGAACAGAGAUACAUGCAAACAUUAAUAGAUAGAUAGAUAGAUAGAUAGAUAGAUAGAUAGAUAGAUAGAUAGAUAGAUAGAUAGAUAGAUAGAUAGAUAGAUAGAUAGAUAGAUAGAUAGAUAGAUAGAUAGAUAGAUAGAUAGAUAGAUAGAUAGAUAGAUAGAUAGAUAGAUGAACAUUUGAAACGUAUACUCAGGCAGCUUAUUACAUGUCAUAUUAUAUUUAUUUGUUUUUUGAGUUGGUGCAGUUUUGAAAAAAUAUAUCUUUCUUAUUUAAACUAUAGAUUGUUUUAUUAUAGGUUCAUGCCGUUUUAAACAGUGGGAUACAUUGAGAAAGUUAGCAAUAUUCAACGACCCAUCGGACAUAUAUUGCGGUUGGUACUUUUAUUAGACAUUUGUUCCUAUAUUUUUCACCUAUUUUUUUAGAGAUUCUUGUUGAACACUGAAUGCAAAUGUGCAUGUCACUGUAUAUGUGAAACCAUAAUGCGUUAAGUAUGCAUGAUAUUUUGCUGUAUGUUUAAAGUCUGGCGGGCAGUUGGUAUAUUACAAAGCACAAUGCAUGUGGAGGAAGGUAUACUCGGUUGUGUAUUAGAUUUGGCUUCGAAAAAUGAGUAAACCACAUAUUCUUAGAAAGAGAAAAAGCCUUAACUUACCACUUGCUGAAUGACCCUUUGAGGAUUCAGGUAACGAGUGGAAGCUUCUGUUUGUGUGUGUGUGUGUGUGUGUGUGUGUGUGUGUGUGUGUGUGUGUGUGUGUGUGUGUGUGUGUGUGUGUGUGUGUGUGUGUGUGUGUGUGUGUGUGUGUGUGUGUGUGUGUAUGUGUCGAUGUGUGUGUGUGUGUGUGUGUGUAACCGAGAUGAUAUUUAAGACAUGUUAGACAUUCAUUCAUAGUUUUUGUUUUAUUUUUAUACCCAGGGUCCGACAUUGUUUUGUAUGAAGGCAUGUGUUUUCGGUUUGUGGCCGCUACACCGUCAAUUGUGUUGUAUUUUUAUAUUGUCCUGUCGUUGUCACAUCCCUCAUCAUGUCAUUCAUAGAAGCUCCUCCUUCUCUGUAUAUGUGCCAUAUAUUUCAACAACAAAGUGUGUGCGUCUGUGUGUGUUGAAUAUUUUUGUUAGUGUGUGUGUGUGUGUGUGUGUGUGUGUGUGUGUGUGUGUGUGUGUGUGUGUGUGUGUGUGUGUGUGUGUGUGUGUGUGUGUGUGUUCGUGUGUGUGUGUGUGUCACGUCUCUCACGUCUCGCUGCAUGUAUCCAAUCUCCUGCCAAACACUGUAUUAAUCCAGUGUGUAACUCGUGUUAGUAGUGUCUUGACUGCUUGCAUGUGUGAGCAAAACGUUACCUGAUAGCCUGAUAUUUCUUUCACACAUUCUGGUUAGAGAUCAGUCCUUUCUGCUUGGCCAAAUCAAAUGCAUUGGAUGCAAGUUGAUUUUAAGAGCUUCAAAACAAAGACGUGUUUUAUUACCAAAGCACUGCAGAAAUGAGUAAAUUGAAAUGAGAACAAUUGAAAAUAACUUUUCUUUUGCAGCUGAAAUCCGAAGCACAUGAACAGGGAAAUUCAGUAACUGUCAAUGUGAAUUUCCUUGUGGUUUAUUUAAAUAUAUGCGUUCUCAUUUAUUUACGAAUGUGACACUGAAUAUCACAAAAGUAUUGUAGGAGGACUGUGUGGUGGUUGAGUAGUGAUAAUAAGACUAAUUCUUUCUAUGAAAGAGGCCACGUGGCUGUCUUGACUCAUCACUAUUCACUGAAGUUAUUUCUCCGCAGAACAUUGUUUUUUUCUUGACCAAUUCACUGUUAAAACAUUGUUAUCAAAUUCAAUGAACUUGCCUUGGAUUAAUUCCCUGUCAAUAAUAAACAAAUCUGUUCUGUGUUGAUUA